GUGGAAGUGAAAACAUCCGUGAGAGUCUGUAAAAUGGAGGCUAAAGCUUUGAUUCCUGAGGACGAUCUCUGUUGCUCUGUAUGUUGCGAUAUUUUUAAAGAACCUGUUGUCCUGAAAUGUUGCCACAGUUUCUGUAGAGAGUGUGUGCAGCAGUACUGGAAAGAGAAGAGCCCUCGGGAGUGUCCCAUCUGCAGGACCAACGCCUCUAUGGAGGAUCCUCCAGUAAACUUGGCUUUAAGAAGCAUUGUGGAGUCCUACUUAAAGCAGAAGAGUGAGAGUGAAGCAGAUAAAAGUGAAGCUGGUGAGAAGAGUGAAGCUUGCUGCAGUCUUCAUGGAGAGAAACUACUGUUGUUCUGUGAGGAGGAUCAGGAGCCUCUCUGUCUUGUGUGUCAGACUUCUAAAAAACACAGAAACCACCAGGUUUGUCCAGUGGAAGAGGCAGUACUGGAUCUGAAGGAGGAACUCAAUGCUGCACUGACUCUUAUUAAAGAAAAACAGGAGAAGUUCACUGAAAUUAAAGAAGAAUGUGAGAAAACAGCAGAGCAUAUCAGGAGUCAGGCCCAGCACACAGAGAGGCAGAUAAAGGCAGAGUUUGAGAAGCUCCACCAUUUCCUGCAAGAGGAAGAGGAGGCCAGACUGGCUACGCUGAGGGAUGAAAAAGAGAAGAAGAGUCAGAUCAUGAGGCAGAAGUUAGAACACAUCGCAAGACAUGUCUCCAACCUUACUGACAAAAUUACAAUCAUAGAGAAGGCGAUGAAUGAUCAAGAAAUCUCCUUCUUGAAGACCUACAAGAGCAUCAAAGAAAGAGCCCAGUGCACACUGCAGGUUCCAGAGCUGCUCUCAGGGGCACUGAUAGAUGUGGCCAAACACCUGGGCAACCUGAAGUUCAGAGUCUGGGAGAAGAUGCUGAAGAUGGUGCAGUACUCUCCUGUGGUGCUGGACCCCAACACGGCAGCCCCCUGGCUCUCUCUCUCUGAUGAUCUGACCACUGUGAGAGACACUGACACACAGCAUGAGAUUCCUAAAAAUCCAGAGAGGUUUAUUCCCCUUGUGAAUGUGCUGGGAUCUGAGGGCUUUACCUCAGGGACACACAGCUGGGAGGUGAAGGUUGGGAAUAAACCUGAGUGGGAUAUAGGAGUGGUGAAAGAGUCCAUCAGUAGGAAGGGAAGGAUAAUAUGCAGCCCAAAGAGAGGAUUCUGGAUCUUAAUGCUGAGAAAAGGUGAUAGCUACAGAGCAGCUGGAGUUACUGACCUCAGACUGAAGAGAAAACCCCAGAGGAUCAGAGUGCAGCUGGACUAUGACAGGGGGGAGGUGUCCUUCUUCAACUCCAGUGACAUGUCACCCAUUUACACUUUUAGCGACACAUUCAGAGAGAGAGUGUUCCCAUUUUUUUCUCCCUGUGACAGCAACAAUGGCAAUAACUCUACAGUCCUGCAGAUCUGCCCAUUUAAAGUAACCGCAACAGUGAUAGGACCCUAAUUAGCCUGUUGUCAUGCUAUGAUUAGAGGGAGCACUAGAAAGUAAUCCCAUAUUUAUUUUGUUUCAUUGUAGAGUUCUUUAAAUCACAAUUGAGAAUGUAAAUGGAGUAAAUGGAGACGGAGUGUAGCACAGUGGGUAAGGAACUGGACUUGUAACCGAAAGGUCACAGGUUCGAUUCCCGGGUAGAACACUGCCGUUGUACCCUUGACCAAGGUAUUU